GGCCCAGGCUCCGGCAUCCAACCUGCUGUCGCCGCGGCCAGGCCGAGCGCAGCAGGCGCCACGCGCAGAGCACACGCUCGCGCUCCAGCUCUUGGACUCCGCCGUUCAUGACCGUGACCCCCCCCCCGGCCGCAGGCUCCGCCAGCCCCCGUUGCAGGCUCUCUGGCCGCACCCCGCGGCCGCCAGGGUCCUCCCCUAUCCCCAAGCGCUUUGAAGCCAGCCCGCGCCCCCUGCCCGCUAGCGGCUGCCUGGCUCGGCUGGCACCAUGCUGCCCGCGCGCGUCCGCCUGCUCACGCCCCACUUGCUGCUCCUGUUGGUGCAGCUGUGCCCGGCCGGCGGCCACCGCACCACCGGCCCCAGGUUUCUAAUAAGCGACCGUGAUCCUCAAUGCAACCUCCACUGUUCCAGGACUCAACCCAAACCCAUCUGUGCCUCUGAUGGCAGGUCCUAUGAGUCCAUGUGUGAGUACCAGAGAGCCAAGUGUCGAGACCCAGCCCUGGGAGUGGUCCAUCGAGGGAGAUGCAAAGAUGCUGGCCAGAGCAAGUGUCGCCUGGAGAGGGCUCAGGCCUUGGAACAGGCCAAGAAGCCUCAGGAGGCCGUGUUUGUCCCAGAGUGUGGUGAGGACGGCUCCUUCACACAGGUGCAGUGCCAUACUUACACGGGGUACUGCUGGUGUGUCACCCCAGAUGGGAAGCCCAUCAGUGGCUCUUCUGUGCAGAAUAAAACUCCUGUAUGUUCAGGUCCAGUCACUGACAAGCCCCUGAGCCAGGAUAAUUCAGAAAGAAGAGCCCGCCCCCCACGCACACGCGCGAAGACUCAGAAUCACAGAGUCCUUAGGGUUGAUGCUGUCACAAAUGUCUCUUUUCAUUUCUUUUUAACCCUCAACUCAGAUGACGGCUCUAAGCCCACCCCCACGAUGGAGACCCAGCCUGUAUUCGAUGGAGAUGAAAUCACAGCUCCCACACUAUGGAUUAAGCAUUUGGUAAUCAAAGAGUCCAAACUGAAUAACACCAAUGUAAGAAAUUCAGAGAAAGUCCACUCUUGUGACCAGGAGAGGCAGAGUGCCCUGGAAGAGGCCCGGCAGAACCCCCGUGAGGGCAUUGUGAUCCCCGAGUGCGCCCCCGGUGGGCUUUAUAAACCGGUGCAAUGUCACCAGUCCACAGGCUACUGCUGGUGUGUCCUAGUGGACACAGGGCGCCCGUUGCCUGGGACUUCCACACGCUAUGUGAUGCCAAGUUGUGAGAGUGACGCCAGAGCCAAGAGUGCAGAGGCGAAUGACCCUUUCAAGGACAGGGAGUUGCCAGGCUGUCCUGAAGGGAAGAAGAUGGAAUUUAUUACCAGCCUGCUGGAUGCCCUCACCACAGACAUGGUUCAGGCCAUUAACUCAGCAGCACCCACUGGAGGUGGGAGGUUCUCAGAGCCGGAUCCCAGCCAUACCCUGGAGGAGCGGGUGGCACACUGGUACUUCAGUCAGCUGGAUAGCAACAACAGUGACGACAUCAACAAGCGGGAGAUGAAGCCGUUCAAGCGCUACGUCAAGAAGAAAGCCAAGCCCAAGAAAUGUGCCCGGCGUUUCACCGACUACUGUGACCUGAACAAGGACAAGGUCAUCUCACUGCCUGAGCUGAAGGGAUGCCUGGGUGUUAGUAAAGAAGGUGGUAGCCUUGGCAGCUUCCCCCAGGGAAAACGAGCAGGCACAAACCCAUUCAUUGGACGCCUUGUCUAAGGAGCAGAAAAUCCAAGGGCCAGUGGAGAGUCCAAGGAGACAGGACCAGCCAUCAGACACCCAACGUUCAGCGCUGCCCACGCCCAGCCACAGCCCAUGUACCAUAAGCGGUGCCUGCCAUGUUUGCACUUUCAGUAACUCUUAUGUGUGUGUUUUGUUUCUGGGUCUCAUUUGUAAACACCAGUUAUCUAAUACCGCAGCGGGAACAGGAAAGGGAAGAAAAGCUGUUUGUUCUCUCUUCUAUUGUUAAGUCUUUGGAUCGGCUACUGACAACUUGUAGGUUAUUGGGGAGGGGGAUUGCUAUGGGGAUGGAGAGGAAAGAGAUUUAUAUACUGUAUAUAAAUAUAUAUGUAAAUUGUAUAGUUCUUUUGUACAGGCAUUGGCGUUGCUAUUUGUCUCCUUCCUCUGGACUCAUCAUAGUCCAGCCCCCUCAGACUGCAUCCUUAGCUUACCUGGGUUUCAGUGGACAUGGACUCUGUGUGAGAGUAGAUGGCGGCCCUGUGCUCGCGCUGCGGGCACUAUCAGCUCUCUUCUGGUGGGAAGAGUGUGCUGCUCCGUGACAUUAGCUGUCAACGUCUGUCCCUUGACCAUAGGAUGGGUAUGAGUGGAGCUCAGCUCACGUGAUGGCCAUCAUGGACUCCAAAAUUCUCCAGUGGCCCCCAUACUCCUACUAUUCAGAUACCCUUGGCAGUCUAGGGUAAAUACCUGAGCAAAUUAUGCUGGAAGGGGUUGAAUUGGGUUACUUUAAACAUUUCCACCCAUGUUUAGCACCUGCCCCAUGUAGGACACCGGAGCGGAUACACCAAGCACGUGAGAAAGGGACACCCAGCAGGGCUCUCCUUCAGCAGGUGUUUGGCAUCCGACGAGAUGGUGGAGAGGACAGGCCUGCGCCGGCCCUUCUGCAAACCCACAGGAGAGGCUCCACGGGCACGUCUCCCCCAACGCUAGCGUCAGACUGUGUCUUACUUCCAUGCUCUCCCUCCCUCUCUCAGCCUAAUCCUCACCUUGUUGGCCAAUACUGGAGUUGGUCCUCUGAUUCCUUCAACUUUCCUCAUGGACUUCCAGACCCACGGACCAAUUCUAGGAGUAAAAUUCAUGUGGUGUCCCUUGCUUCUGCUUCCCCAGGAGAACUAGGAAUAAUAAUCCAGCUCUAGGGGAAUCCAGGCUUUUGCACAGGGUGUUACUGGGAUUGCAGAGUGGCCAUCUGGCCUUCAGGACAGAUAAGCAGCUCCUUCUGUCUAGGUGCCAUACUGAUUCAGGUGGCCUUCGGUCAGAGCAGCAAGUGACCCUUAGCAGCUGUUUCCACUGCCCGCCGCCGUGGCAGUGAGGGAGGUCAGGAGUUCAGGGCUGGUGCUUUCGCUGGCUUGUUCUUGGCAAUCUGGCCUUGUCUGGUAUUCCAUCUCAGUAUCCCAGAAGCGCAUCCACCUUGGUAGACCCUCUUCUAUCUUGGGUCUGGAAGGCAUUGGCCUCAUACAUGCUUUUCCAGGUAUGGGGAACACAGCCUUCUCGGGACUUGAUUUGCUGGAGUGUUGGUUACAAGAGGUUCCUGAUAUUCUGCAGAAAGUCACACAUGUGGUCCCGUCAUGACCAGUGACCCUUUCCUGGAGCCUUGACCAAAAAAAGAAAAGAAAACAAACAAACAAAAUAAAACAGUGUGCUGGAGCCAGAUGGCCCUCACAGCAGACUCGGGCCCCGAUUCCCGGCCUGAAGGGAACAUGUGCACAGAGAAGCCACCUCCACGUAGGAGUUCAGAAUCUACCCGGCCAUCUUCUCUCACAGAUGGGUGCAGGCUGUGCUGUGUGGGUUUCCCUUGGGAGGGAGGGAGCAAGGGGAAGUAUUUGUAGCUUGUUUUAUAAAAAAUAAAAAUGAGUAAACUUUGGCA